AUGAUUUUGUUAGAUUAUCACAACGUUAUUAUCAAGAAUACCCUCGAGUCCAGAAUUAAAGAAGGCAAAUCAGACGCCAUUGAAGUGAGAGUAGCCGAUUUCGACGGUGUCAGUUAUCACAUCUCCACACCUGAAAGUAAAUCUGUUGUUCACAUUUCAUUAGGCUGGGCCUGUUCAAAAGAGUUAUUCAACUAUGGUGCUCAAGAAAUUUUGCAACGUGAAUAUGGCGACUUAUUGGCCCCCACACCCGAAGAAGGCUAUGAUGUAACAUUGAUUAUUGAUUUAGAGAAAGUACCCUCUGAAGCUGAGGCCCAGGAUGAUAUUAUAAGAAAAAUCUCCAUGUUAAAGCGUAAUUUAUUGGCUGCACCCUUCGAAAGAGCUUUCGCAGAGCAAGAACAAUGUGAAAAAGAGGAAAAGACAGAAUCCAAUUCUGAAUUAAUGGCUGUUCAUUAUCGUGAAGAGGAAGCCAUUUACGUCAAAUCUAGCUUUGAUCGUGUUACGGUUGUUUUCAGUACAACUUUCAAAGAUGAAACUGACAAGAUCUUUGGCAAGGUCUUUUUACAGGAAUUUGUCGAUGCCCGUCGCCGUGUACCUGCUUUACAAAACGCACCACAGGUUUUAUAUUCCAUCCGUGAACCACCCAUGGAGCUUCGUAAUUUGGAUUUGAAGGACAGUGACAACAUCAGUUAUGUUACCUUUGUGCUUUUCCCUAACCAUUUUGCUAGGGGUGAUGCACGUGAAGAAACCAUCUCACGUAUACAAAUCUUCCGUGAUUAUCUUCAUUAUCAUAUCAAAUGUUCGAAAGCGUAUAUGCAUACACGUAUGAGAGCUCGUGUUCGUGAUUUCCUAAAAGUAUUAAAUAGAGCUAAGCCAGAGAAUCAGAAUGUGGAAAAGAAGACUGCGAGUGGAAGAACCUUUGUUCGCCGAGCUUAG